UUAAUCACUUUAUUACUAAGUAGAAUGUUUAGGAUAACAAUUAACAUUUAAACUAAGUUGCACUCCUGCUCCCAGACUGGAUCGUCUUUCGGCCGAAAAAUGAUGACAGGCUAUCUAUCUGCAAAAGGGGUUAAAGCUUCUGAGGGCAGAGUGGGCAAAGUGUUGAGACGUAUUCAUCAACCCUACCACAUUGCAAGACAGCAGGGUGCCCGAAAUCUGAACCCCAUACCCUACAAUGCACAAUACAUGGGGCACAAGCUACAUGUAGAUCAGAAUGAAAAGCUUGUUAUGUUUGGAGUGACCCAUGUAAUGGCUAUCGAUGGUUUCAGCAAGAAGAUUGUCAGUCACUCCACUAUGCCAAUAAAGAACAACAUCAUAAUUUAUGAGGAAGUGUACAGACCUGCUGUACUUUCCUAUGGACUAUGGGAUCAGGUCAGAGUUGACUGUGGGAAAGAGUUUUAUCUGGCAUUAUUCAUACAGGAAAAGCUGGCAGAACACAGACACAAUACUCAACGGCAGCCUUACAUUCAGACUCCUUCUACAAGGAACCAUGUGAUAGAGAGAAUGUGGUCGGAGGUGAAUGCCAGAGUCAACUACCCUUUGAAGACAGCUUUGGUAGAGCUGGUGGACCAAGAUGAACUGAACAUGGAGGACAACACAUCAAAGUAUUGUGUGUCAAACCUGACAUGCCAGAUGGCUAGGAUUGGCAUCACAAAAGUCACAGAGGCAUGGAAUGCACACAGGAUCCCAGGAAAGGGAAUACCAAAUGAACUGGCUAAAGACGGGUGUCCUGCAAAGCUUCCUGAGGACCUUCUGCCUGUUGGUUCUGUUGCAGCUGACCUGUAUCAGCAGGAAAUGGGAUCCGCAUUGAAAAGGGAAUCCAUUUUUGGAUGUGAUCCUUUCCCCUCUGAAGAGGCCCAACAAUGGACUGAAACUGAGUUUGGUUCUCACUUUGACAUGUUAUCACUGUACGAAAAUGUGGUUCACCAUAACUACGGCCCUUUUAAAGAUGCAGUUAGGUCUCUUAUUGAUUUCACCAGAAGGUGUGUGUGA